UCGCUGAGUGGCGGCCAAGAGCAGUAUGGAGGGGAAGGCGACGUCCACGCCGUCUACAGACCGCGCGUGCUCGGUGUCCGCGGAGGAAAUCGAAAAGUGGAUGGAGGCGGCGAUGCACAUGGCCAAAGAAGCCCUUGCAAAUACCGAAGUUCCCGUUGGCUGCCUUAUGGUCUACAACAAUGAAGUUGUGGGGAAAGGAAGAAAUGAAGUUAACCAAACCAAAAAUGCUACUCGACAUGCAGAAAUGGUGGCCAUCGAUCAGGUCCUUGACUGGUGUCGUCAAAGUGGCCGAAGUCCCUCUGAAGUGUUUGAACACACGGUGCUGUACGUCACUGUGGAGCCGUGUAUCAUGUGUGCAGCUGCUCUCCGCCUGAUGAAAAUCCCGCUGGUUGUAUAUGGCUGCCAGAAUGAACGAUUUGGUGGUUGUGGUUCUGUUCUAAAUAUUGCUUCUGCCGACCUACCAAAUACUGGGAGACUGUUUCAGUGCAUUCCUGGAUAUCGGGCCGAGGAAGCAGUGGAAAUGUUAAAGACCUUCUACAAACAGGAAAAUCCAAAUGCACCAAAAUCAAAAGUUCGGAAAAAAGAAUGCCAGAAAUCUUGAACUUGUUCCGAUAAUACGUCACAGUGACCUGGACAAAAUUCUUGGACUGAAAGCUGUUGACAUCAUUGAUUCAUGUAUUUCUAUAUUGUCAGUCACCCAUGGGAAAGUGGUGUCUCUCAUCAUUCGUUCUGGAAAGGGAACAAAUUAGCACUUUUAAAAAGUCUGACGAUUGUAAACAGCUAUUAGCUUUUCCACAAGUUAAAAGAACAUUCUAAGAAGGGGAAAAAUUAAGGUUUGAGGUUUUAGAAAUUAGCAAGCCCUGCAUGCCCUCCCAGCCACAGCGUUAUGCCCUGCCCGGGCAAGUACUAAUUUUUCAGAGAAUGCGAACCAGACCCAGGUACCUGGUGUGUGUCUGGACCAUGGUGUGCCGCACUGCA